AUGUUUACUGCUACUAGUCAUAUUAAAACAGGACAGAACGCGUUGUUAUCGAACGUGGCAGCAGCAGCUAAUCCAAGCUUGACAGAUAAUUGGGAUGACGCUGAAGGAUAUUAUUCCACGCGAAUAGGAGAAGUAUUGGAUGGGAGAUACAGAGUCUUGACUAAUUUGGGACGCGGUGUAUACAGUUCAGUUGUUCGUGCAAAAGACGAAAAGACAAAUGAGGAAGUAGCCAUUAAGCUGAUUCGCAGUAAUGAAACAAUGUAUAAAUCGGGACAAAAAGAAGUAACCUUUCUUAAAAAGCUCAUGGAAGCUGAUCCAGAUAACAAAAAACAUGUUAUUCGUCUAAAAAGACAUUUUGAACACAGAAACCAUCUAUGCUUGGUCUUUGAGACGUUAAGUAUGAACUUACGUGAUGUACUUAAAAAAUACGGCAAGAACGUAGGUAUCAACAUCAAAGCUGUACGUGUCUAUGCGCAACAGUUAUUCCUAAGUCUAUCGCUUUUACAAAAAUGUCGCAUUAUUCAUGCAGAUAUUAAACCUGAUAACAUUCUGGUGUCUGAAUCAAGAAACACACUUAAAUUGUGUGAUCUAGGCUCUGCUUCAGAUGUAACUGAUAAUGGUAUAACUCCCUAUCUGGUAUCUCGCUUCUACCGAGCUCCUGAAAUUAUGCUCGGGUUGACCUAUGAUUAUGGAAUAGAUGUUUGGUCUGUUGGAUGCACACUUUAUGAACUAUUUACUGGGAAAAUCUUGUUUCCUGGAAGAAACAAUAACCAAAUGUUGAAGCAUAUUAUGGAGCUUAAAGGACGUUUCCCUAACAAAUUACUGCGAAAGGCACAAUUCGCGUCUAAUCACUUUGAUGAAGAUUACAGUUUUUUGUCGCACGAGAUCGACAAGGUCAGCAAAAAUGAAAUGGUAAAGAAGAUGACAUUUAUCAAACCGACCAGAGAUCUUAAAUCACGUAUCAUGGCUGCUUCUACAACCAACUCAGAUGAGGAAAAUAGGCUUGUUCAAGCGUUUAUUGACCUGCUUGAUAAAUGCUUAGCAUUAAGUCCAGAUAAACGAUUGACACCAAAAGAGGCUCUGUCUCACCCCUUUAUUACUGGUAAAGUUUAG